AUGAAAUCCAUUGCUUCCUUGCUUAUAUUAUCUGUUCUUUGUAUCAUUCUAUCGUUGGCGACUCGUGUGUCUGCCUGUGACAAUGCAUGCUCCUUUGCAUCAGAUCGGAACAAUCGUUGUUACUACACUUGCUGGGAGAACAGAUGUAAUUUCAGUGGUAGUCAUCAUCGUGAUGAGUUCCUCAAUGGUCUUCAAUCCAGAGGUUAUUCUUGUCGUCCCGAAGGUGCAGUCAAUACCUUGUCUUGUGCUAAAACUAAUAAUUUUGGCGCCUGUACUAGUCAUAAGUGGACCUGUGGUAGAAACUGCUAA